UCAGAGAAGCUCCGCGCCGGCCGGGUUGCAAGGAAUUCACCGCUAACUCUGCUCCACUUUUGUUCCGUCGGUGCUCGGUGGUCUUCUAGGAUCCUGGAUGACAUCCACCACCAGGACCACCAGGACCACCAGGACCACUAGCAGGACCACAGCGCACCUCUGACCGGCGAGCAUGGACAACCAAGGCAGCCGCUGUAAGAUCGUGGUGGUCGGGGACGCGCAGUGUGGCAAGACGGCGCUGCUGCACGUUUUUGCCAAAGACUGCUACCCGGAGAGCUACGUGCCCACCGUGUUUGAGAACUACACGGCCAGCUUUGAGAUCGACAAGCACCGCAUCGAGCUGAACAUGUGGGACACGUCAGGUUCUUCUUACUACGACAACGUGAGGCCGCUGGCGUAUCCCGAUUCCGACGCCGUGCUGGUCUGCUUUGACAUCAGCCGCCCGGAGACUUUGGACAGCGUCAUUAAAAAGUGGCAAGGCGAGACGCAGGAGUUCUGUCCCAACGCCAAAGUGGUCCUGGUGGGCUGCAAGCUGGACAUGAGGACCGACGUCAACACGCUGAGGGAACUCUCCAAGCAGCGGCUCAUCCCUGUCACUCACGAGCAGGGCAGCACGAUAGCUCGGCAGAUGGGGGCCGUGGCGUACGUGGAGUGCACGUCCAAGGUGUCGGAGAACAGCGUGCGGGACGUCUUCCACGUCACCACGCUGGCGUCCGUGCGGCGGCCGCACAACCCGCAGCUGAAACGCAGCAGCUCUCGCCGCGGGCUCAAGCGGGCGUCGCAGCUCCCCCUCCAGCCGCUGCCCGCUCGGACUGAACCCAUGGACCAAGCCCCCGUCCUCAGGAAGGACCGGGCCAAGAGCUGCGUGCUCAUGUAGAGCCCCUCCCCCCCUCCACAUAAAUAUUACUGUACAUACAAAUAUAUAUACGCCAGAAGACGUCUAUUUAUUCUGUUUUUUGUCGCUAUUUUCAUUUUUGCACGGUGGAAAUAUGUUUUUUUGGUGUCAAAAUGAGGACAAAAGCACACUGUGAUAGUGGAAGUGUUCACUGAAAAAGUGACGAUGAUUGUGCGUUUUUGUUUAAAAAAAAAUAAUUAAAAACAAAAGGCGAGGUGAAUGGAGCUUUAUAUGUCUGUUUGUUUAUGAAGUGCCCACAAGUGCAAUGUUGAGACAAAAACAAACAUGUCUGCUUGUCUUCUUCACACUAAUUGUGUUUGAACUGUGGAAAAUGAAGUCCAAUGUACUUUUUUUUUCUUUUCUUUUUUUUUUUUCUUUCUGCAGCGAGUCCUCAGUCCCCACUAAUGUUGGAAAUAAAGCACCUGCAGAUGGCAAAGCUA